UGCCUGGGCGACGCGGCAGGGUGCGCAGCCAUGGCCACGUGGCGCUACUUCGACGUCGUCUUGGACGACUCGGAGUCUGAGGCCGGGCUGGUUAUCGGAAGCUCCCUGCUACAGCCGGCAGCAAUGGCGCCCUCGCCUCCACCCCCGGCCCCCAAGCCGGAGCAGGGGCAGCCCCCGGCUGCCUCUCCUGAGGAGGGGAUGGUGACCAAAGUGAUUGUGGAGGAGACCAGCGAGAGCGAGGAGCAGGACAGUGAGGGCGACAAGCAGGACAGUGAGGAAGAUGGGGGUGAUGGGUUUGAGCAUGAGUACGGCUACGGAUAUUUUGAGGAUUAUCUGUUGGAGGAGGAUGAGGGUGUGUUCACAGAGGAGCAGGAUGAUGAUGAUGAGGAGGACGAAUUCAUCCCUCUGCCUGAUAGGCUCAGGAUGAGUGUGCUGGCCAGCAGGAUGGCAGCUGCUGAGCACCCCCACGCCAGCGGCAGGGACGUGGAGGCGCUAGCUGGCCCGAGUGAUGGUAGCCACCUGCUGGCCCCCGGCAGCAGGGAGCCGCUGGUAGCCCAGGUGCCAUCUGGACAAGUGUUCGAUGGCAACCGAAACAGCCCCCGUGGCGCCAAGAGACUCUGCGAGUGCCUGCUGGCGGGUUCUCCCUCCGAGCCCUCAGGCCAGCCUGGCAGCUCCACGGCCAGCAGCGGGUUCCUCGAAGAAGCCCCCGCCGCCAAGAAGGCAAGGCUUGGUGCGGAGGGCAGUGGGGCAGCCCGCGGUGAUGCCUGGCAGCGGAGGGAGCAGAAUGCCCGUGCUCAAAUGCCACAAGCCCAGCAGCUAGGGAGGAGCCAGGAACGCAUUGCCGUGGUGAUAGAUCCAGUUCUCUUACAGAAAGCAGGUGGAGUGCAUGUCCUCAGGGCUCUGCAGGCUGAAAAUUAUUGCUGUGUGGGGGCUAGUCAAGCUAUUCCGUGCAGCAUCAGCUGGAGUCAUUUGAAUGAUAAACACACCCUUGGUCUGGCUGUUUUCAUAUCCCAACAAGUGGAUGCAGGAACUGAAUGCGUAGAAGAAGAACGUGUCCUGACUGUGCUUCAGCUGGAGGAUUUUAUGGGCAUGGUUUACAAUUACAAACAAGUGGCCCAGGGCUCUGCGGGACAGCUUACGACCCUGUCAGGCUACGUGACUUACAUGAUGGAGGCGAUGCCUCAGAAAAUUAUCGCAUUGGCAGUCGUUGGAGUAGAAGAAUAUUCCAGAAUUCAGUCAAGAAAGAAUCCACCACAGGCGGCAGCAAGUGUAAACCAAGAAGAGGAAGAGGGAAGCCUGAGAAAUCUGGGAAUAACCAGAAGGGAUGUGCAAGAAGCUUUGGUGGAUCUGCAGGUGUCCAAACAAGUCCAAAUCCAGAUGUUUGAGAGCUGGGAGGAGCUUGGAGAAUUUGUCACCAUGUUCACAAAAGCUGUAGCUGAAGCACCAUUCAGGCGAGCAAAAGAGGAGAUGGACUUCCCUUUCUACGCGGGUCCGGGGUGCUGUGGAGGGCCGAACGUGGAUCGUGUUGUAAAUGGUCUCUUGCAAGUUUGGAAGAGGCAGUUAGAACAAAUUAGGCAGGUCAACUUUGCGAUGGCUGAGGCUAUUGCGGCUGCCUUCCCUUCUCCUCAGCUUCUGUACCAGGCCUACAACCUAACCUGGGAGCCGGAGCAGGAAAACCUGCUGGUCAACAUCCCUUCGUGCAGUGGCGCUGGCAGGACCUUCCAGGCAGUUAGACCGGACCUCUCCUGACAAAUCGAUCAGCCCACCACUUCCUACAACCCUUCUCUCUAUUUGAAUUACAAUCCAUAGCCCCAGGGAAGGAGGCUGUUACAGUUUGACUGGUUUAGGCAUUCCGUUUUGUUCUGGGAAGAAACGCUUAGAUAAUUAAGUUAUUGUUCCAAGUUCAAGUUUAAAGUUCAAGGUCCGGGUUAAGUUCAAGAUCCAAGUUCAAGACUUUAUUGUAGCAGAAGAAGGUUGGAUGAAAUUGUUGAACGGCUGGAGUUUGCAGAAGAAAGGCGGUGAACAUCAUCAGAACGUGAAUUGGACACCGUUUAUAGUAUUGCUAAUUCCUCCUAUUUCAUAAACAAUUUUGGAUAAUAAACUCUGCUUUGUAACAUGUUGUCUUGAAUAUAGACAGGUAUGCCCCGUGUUGAAUACUUUCUACUGCUACCCUAAACUGCAAGUAGUUAUCUUCUCAUUGGAAGCCACAUUGGAAAUCCUAACGCUACAGCAACAUGGUGCUGCCCCCCCACCCCCCACCCCCAGCAUCUGCUCGAGUGAGGUGGAAGAACUUUACCUCACAAAAUAAGACUGUCAGUUUUCCAGUCUGGCAGAUGGGAAUGAGUAAGACUAAUUUUCAGAUAUAAAUUUAGACUGCCUUGAUUCAGUCUCCAGACGGCUUAAUCUAUUGAGGGUCUUGAAAUCUGAUUAUAUGUGCUGGAAUUAUGAGGUCUAAACAGUUGGCAGAAAAAGCUUUCUUUUAAUUAGAUUGGGGAACAUGCUUGCCUGUCUACAAAGCCAUUAGCACUUGUGGACAGGCACACAAGGACAGCUGAGGUCUGCAACAGCAGCACUUAUGGAGAUGAGUGCCCAGAGUGAAUUAAACUUCCAGUG